AUAAUUGGAUUGGCAUAAUGCCUUGUCUGCCACUUUUGGGAUUGAUAAUAUUUGAUUUUUAAAACAACUAGUGUGAACAUUCAAAAAGAAUGUACGAGUUACUUUUGCAAAUGAGUAGUAAACAGCUUGCAUAAAAAUUAAGUCAUUGUGACAAAUUUUGGCAUAUUGUUUCAAUUUCAUUUAACUUUACUGCUGAGAUGCAUAUUAUUGAGAUCUGGUGAGGAUUGGGCUAUCACAGAUUCACUUGAACUUGUUUUUCCAAUUGUGCACUGUAACUAGAACUAUCAGCUAUGACAAGUAUUUUAGCAAGCAAAACAUGUAUUUGGUCUCCGGCAGAUCAGGAUUAUUUGUCUAAGGGUAGAAGCUGCAGAAAUCCCACUUUUAAAUUCUCAAAUCUGGAUUCUCCUUCCAAAGAACUCUUUACUCCUAAUUUACACCUGGUAAGUGGACGUCACCAAAGUGCUAGAAACUUUGGGCCAGUUUUUUCUGGUGCACUUGAUGGUGAUAUGGAUCCAGAUGAGCCUACUGAUGAAAAGGACAAUGAGGAUUCUCCCAAGGAUGAACCUGGAGGGGUGAAUAGUGAGACUCUAAGGGAAAAGCUUGAAAGAAUUGUUGGAACAGACGACUCUACUUUCAGUGGGAUAGACUUGGCAACUCUUAUACGGAACAAAUUUGGGAGGUCCUACGAUGUUCAACUGAUAAAAAAGGAAUUCAUGGGAAGGAAUCUCCUUGCACUAAAUGUUAUGUGGAAGUACAGGGAACAGAGAUCUUUCCCUUUAACCGAAGAAGAGUAUCUACUGAGGCUUGAUGAUGUGGCAAACACAUUAAAAUGCUGGGGAGCUGUAUCACAUGUUCGGAACAGCCUCAAAAAAUUGAGAGAGAAAGAGAGGCCUCGGAUAGGGAAGGCUGUUAGCAUUUUUAUAGACAUGGAUGAGUCUGGAGGCCGUGCAACUGAAUGGAUAUACAAGUAGAUGGUAGGAAAAAACAUUUAUUGAUUAGUCAGUGGUAUAUGGUGGUCCAUUUCUUUUUGGACAUUUAGCAUACGAUAUUUCCAGCCAUCAGUGGCUUAUUGAGGUGCUGGCGUUGCCAUGACAAAGAUGCUCGAGCCACAGUUUUUUGCUGUAUAUUUUUCCUUCUUUUACCUCUAGGAUAUGUUUACUGGUUAGAAGACUUGGUGCCUUUUCGUUAAAACAAGAGUUCUCACCUUGCAGCAGAGUAUUGAGUCCCUGUGUAGUUCCUUUAUGAUUGUGACAAUGUUACUACGGCUCCUACCUACGUGUAGUCUGUGUUGAAA